AUGAUCUACCAACAGCACCCAAUCUUCAAACUGCCGAAUAGAGAGCUCCGUUUCGUCAUGCUAGACAUGGCUAACCUCGAUGUCGGUAGACAUUACAGUAACCAACUCAGCAAACAGCAAUGGAAGGCAUUCUACAAGAACACGAUGCACUACUCAGCUCGCAACCUUUGGUACAGAAUGAUCCACAAACAAAGCUCAAAUCAACUGGCAAUGGCCCAACGCAAUCUUAAACAUGCCGCAUCAGACCGCUGUACCCUUUGCAAUGAAGUGGAAGACGCUCAACACCUGCUCAUCAGUUGCGUCCAUAAACUUGAUGUCUGGGACUCCUCCUUCAACGAGUUCCUUAGCUACCCCAAAACCGCCGAUCCACAACUUAUCUACAACUCAAUUAUGCACUUCAAACUGAAGCAUUAUUAUAUCUACAAUUAUGACUUACACAUUAUCAUAUAUGACCUCUUUGCCACCAUUAUGCGUACUAUCUGGAGACACCAUUAUCAACAGUUUUACAACCUCAUCCCCUUUAAUGCCAUCCAAGUCUGUCGCCACAUCCGCACAGAACUGUUAAGAUUGUCAAAUCUUAGGCAACUCUCCCAUUAG